GUCGGCUGGUUGAACGUUUACGUGUAGCUAGCGGUGCACACUGUGUGAGCGUUUCUGAACAAAAGCCUGAAGACGAACAAAUCAAUAGCAGCAAUCGGCAUUUUAAAACGAAACAAUUGAUUAUCAAAUUAUAAAGGUCCAGAAGUGACCCUUCUCUCCAGCUAAGAUGGGAGGAGCUGUGAGCGCUGGGGAGGAUAAUGACGAGUUGAUUGACAACCUGAAGGAGGCACACUACAUCCGUUCGGACCUGGUGGAGCGGGCCUUCAGGGCCAUCGACCGGGCCGACUACUACCUGGAGGAGUACCGUGACAGCGCCUACAAGGACCUGGCCUGGAGGCACGGCAACAUCCACCUCUCAGCACCCUGCAUCUACUCUGAGGUGAUGGAGGCCCUGGACCUGCACCCGGGCCUGUCCUUCCUCAACCUGGGCAGUGGGACGGGGUACCUCAGCACUAUGGUGGGACUCAUACUGGGUCCAUUUGGUGUGAACCAUGGGGUGGAGUUAUAUGCUGAUGUGAUUGAGUAUGCCUACCAGAAGCUAGACUACUUCAUCAAAACCAGCGAAAGCUUUGACAAGUUUGAGUUCUGCGAGCCUUCCUUUGUGGUGGGGAACUGCCUGGAGAUCCCCUCUGAGUGCAGGCAGUAUGACAGGGUGUAUUGUGGGGCGGGGGUGCAGAGAGACCAUGAAGAAUACAUGAUGAACCUGCUGAAGGUGGGGGGUAUUCUGGUACUGCCCCUAGAGGAGAAGCUAACCAAGAUCACGCGUACAGGCCAGAGCAGCUGGGAGACCAAAAAGAUCAUUGCUGUGUCCUUCGCUCCCCUGGUGCUCCCCAAAGAUUACACCAGUAACAUCAAAACAUCAAAGACCGCCCCACUACCCACGUUUGAGGUGCGGACGUUGCAAGAGCUGGCUCGUAUAGCCAUCCGCCACACCCUGAGAGUGACCACGGACAACAGGGGGGGUCAGCAACGAGGCCGGGGCUCUUUUGGAGGAGGCAGGGGCCUGGGGGUCAGUGGGCUCCACAAGUACGGCCCGCGCUGUAAACGUCGACGCAUUCAUCGGCGCCACUGCAACUCUGUGGUACUGAGCAGUGCCCUCCCUACCUCCGCCCCCCUGGACAACAACAAUAACCGCGGGGGCCAGAAGGAGGAGGAGCAGGGAAGGGCAACCCGGGGAGCGGGAGAGGAGGCUGCGGAGGAGGAGGAGGAAGAAGAAGAGGAGGAAGCAGAGAGGGAGACAGGGGAGCUACUCCGGGCAGAGCCACCUAUAAACAUCUUGAGAGAGAGGAUUCUCUGUCUGCCCCUCCCGGAGCCUCUGAAGAUGUACCUGCUGUACUACCGGGAGAAAUGACUUCUCCACAGAUACAACUAACAGCAGAAAACAACCAAGCAACCAGCCUUGGGCAUCUACAACCCCUGACCCCUACCAUUCUUCUAGGCAGGGCAACAGACCCCCUGUUACUGACUUACUGACUGGGUCUGUAUCCCUCUUGUCCUCUACAUCAUCCUCUCUCUGUGUUUUUCUUACUCAAUGCCUUUUCUGUUGGUGUAAGAAGCAUAGAUAUUUGACCAGUGUAAUGGAAAGAGUUUCACCUCUGUGAUAGAAAGGCUCCCUGGGAAUCUGUAGCUUAGCUUUCUCAAUGGCACAGAUAUCUUUCUCUGACAGCCAAACGGAUCCAUUUUAACUCAGAGAGUUGGGUGGGUGUGAGUUUGUGAUCUAUCAUUCUGUGCUGUGAUUGAGCCCUGGACAUAUGGUGUAUGGUGGUGUCUGUUAUCUUGUUGGAAGACUUCUUAUUGGUCGUUACGUGCAGCCACAGGUUCCAGAACACGUUGGUUCAGGUCUUCAAUAAAGGUAAACCACUGGAUAUUGCUUUAGAGCCUUGUAAAAAUGGCAUAGCGGCCGAGCCAGAGGGGAAAUAGUUUGUAAUUUCAGUCGUGUCCAGAAGCCAGAGAGACUUUGUUUGGCAUAGUGGACAGGGAUUUGAGACCACACAGCUGGGAUUUUCCCUAUUAGACCCCCCCCCCCCCCAUUUUCCCAUAACAUCAUAGAUCUGUUCAGGGGAGCUGUUUGUGUGGAGUUGGAACUCUGUAGAUCAACAGAGCUUGCACAAUGAGUAUCAGGUAGGAUUCCACAGUGAGGCCAUUUUGUUUUUGAUAUUGCACAUCGUAACAUUGGUCUGAUCUGGUGUUGGUUGAGUGGAGUGGAGUGGAGCUGGUAGAGGUGCCUGUUGAAGAUGUGUGGAGCUGGUAGAGGUGCCUGUUGAAGAUGUGUGGGUGUGGAGCUGGUAGAGGUGCCUGUUGAAGAUGUGUGGGUGUGGAGCUGGUAGAGGUGCCUGUUGAAGAUGUGUGGGUGUGGAGCUGCCUGUUGAAGACGUGUGGGUGUGGAGCUGGUAGAGGUGCCUGUUGAAAAUGUGUGGGUGUGGAGCUGGUAGAGGUGCCUGUUGAAGAUGUGUGGGUGUGGAGCUGGUAGAGGUGCCUGUUGAAGAUGUGUGGGUGUGGAGCUGGUAGAGGUGUCUGUUGAAGAUGUGUGGGUGUGGAGCUGGUAGAGGUGCCUGUUGAAGAUGUGUGGGUGUGGAGCUGCCUGUUGAAGACGUGUGGGUGUGGAGCUGGUAGAGGUGCCUGUUGAAGAUGUGUGGGUGUGGAGCUGGUAGAGGUGCCUGUUGAAGAUGUGUGGGUGUGGAGCUGGUAGAGGUGCCUGUUGAAGAUGUGUGGGUGUGGAGCUGGUAGAGGUGCCUGUUGAAGAUGUGUGGGUGUGGAGCUGGUAGAGAUGCCUGUUGAAGAUGUGUGGGUGUGGAGCUGGUAGAGGUGCCUGUUGAAGAUGUGUGGGUGUGGAGCUGGUAGAGGUGCCUGUUGAAGAUGUGUGGGUGUGGAGCUGGUAGAGGUGCCUGUUGAAGAUGUGUGGGUGUGGAGCUGGUAGAGGUGCCUGUUGAAGACGUGGUAUGUCUGAAACUGUUGACCUACAUUAUGAUGAGUGUGGUUUAGAGACUUAUCUAAAGUGAUGCUAUUGGUUGACUCUAUUCUGUUAGCAGGUUGACCUUGGUAGACUGGCAGUGAAGACAAGGUGUGUUUUUGAGAGUCAGCAUUCCAGAGAAUAACUGUAGUCGACACUAUGAUAUGAUUAAGUCCAGAAGACGUUUCAGAUUCAACAUGAUCAUGAGACUAAGGUUGGCAAUGCUUCUUCAAUUGUUAUGACGGAUUCUGCUCAUUUCCAGAUUCAAAAGCACCUACUAGAGAUCAAAUUCUCUUUUUAUGUUCAGUAGAUUUAUUUUCCAAGAGGUCCUAUGAAUAUUUCCUAGUUCGUCUGUGUUGGGACAUUUUUAAUUGUCAAUUCGGGGUGAAACUCAUUUUAAAUUUGAUUCAUAGGUGGAUUUAAAUAGAGUUGAAUUGCAUUAGCUUUGGAAUUUAUUGGAUAAAGGUGAAAUCGACUCCAACCCUGGCAUGUACAUUUAUCUAAAUAUGUUCAUUUGGUUUACUUCAUAAUCAAUAGUGAAAGGAUCAUGUUUUUUCCCCUACAUACUAGUUGUGUUAUCCUAUUGGUCGAAAACAGCAUGAUGGGAUGGGAUGGGGGGGGGUAAAAAAAAAUGUAAACCAUUUUUAUUUUUUAUUUUUUUACUGGUCGAUGAUGCCAAUUAAUUUUGUUGAUGUGUGAAGGGUUGCUUAUCUUUUCUCCUGUCAUUCAAAACUAUUUGUUUUGUUAAUAUACAUUUUGAAGUGGAGUUUUGUGGUGUUCAUCAACACACGGGACAUUGUUUUGUGUGUAGUAUUUGGUUUGUAAUGCAACAGGAAAAUUAAAAAACGGACUAAAAUAAAUUUCAAAAAUUUGAUCUUAAUCGCUACAGAUAUUCCUUAAGUUAGACUGGAUGUUUUACCGUUUUUUGUCUCGACUCAAACUUUCACCCUUCAGUGCCAAACCUACAGUAUGUCGCAUGAAACUUGCAUUCUAGUUAAAAACUAUUCUCAUUUGUCCUUUUUAAUCGAACAUUUGGAAAGAUAAUGCUUUCUCGUUGAUCAAAUGAUCGAUAAAUCUUUAUAGUGACUUGGCCAGGCAGAUCGCUUUGGUCGUCCGACUGUGUAACAGUACACGUCUUGAGUUGUCGUGGUAGAUGACAAAGGCUUUGAGUCUUUCCCAAUCUGCCUUUUAUUCUGUGCUGUGGGUUAAAGGUCAAAGGUUAUCAUUUUGUGAAUGUAUGUGUUGUACUUCAGCAGUUUUGUAAGGAUGUUUUGGAAUUUGAGCUGUAUUAUUGAAUGCUGUUAAUAAAAUCCUUUAUGCAAAGUUGAGAAUGUAUAGCGCUUUAGUGAUUUAAACACCAGAUUCACAUGGAACAAUUUGUAAUUAAGUCUUUAAUAAAAGAAAUGUACAAAGAAAAAGAGGACUUCUGCAUUCCCAGACAGCACCAGAUUGUAGUGCACCAGCACACUCUUAACUUGGCUAAAACAAUAAUCAGAGAUUCAUCUCGGUCAAACGUCUUCUACACAGAUACAUGGAGUCUGGGUGUGGUACGGUAAAAUUUUGGGAUUAUCAAGCAAAUUGAACAUAUUCUAUGGCUUGGUGACAAUUGGUAAGAAUUUUCUAAAAUCAUGCAAUAUGUAGUGUAAUUGUUAGCUUUCAUAAGUUAAGAGAAGUAAUUUAAUCAGGGGCUAACCAUUGUAUAAAGACUCAUGGCAAAUGUACACAGUGUACAAAACCAUUAGGAACACCUGCUCUUUCCAUGAGACUGACCAGCUGAACGCUAUGAUAAAUCCACUUCAAUCAGUGUAGAUGAAGGGGAGGAGACAGGUGAAAGAAGGAUUUUUAAACCUUGAGACAUCAUGGAUGUGGUGUGUGAAUGGGCAAGACGGGGUAUGGUAAUAGGUGCCAGGCACACCGCUUUGUGUCAAGAACUGCAAUGCUGCUGCGUUUCACAACAGUUUCCUGUGUGUAUCAAUAAUGGUCCACCACCCAAAGGACAUCCAGCCAACUGGACACAACUGUGGGAAGCAUUGGCAUCAACAUGGGCCAGCAACCCUGUGGAACCCUUUCAACACCUCGUAGAGUUCAUGCCCCGACGAAGUGAGGCUGUUCUGAGGGCAAAAAGGAGGGAUGGCUGCAACCCAAUAAGUGUUCCUAAUAUUUGCUAUACUCUGUGUACACAUGUCCCAACAUGCUUUCACACACACACAAUCUGAGUGAACAUCACAUUGAGAGAACGCAUAUAAAAUAUUGCAGUUGAGCCAACCUUAAUUUAUAUUUUAAAGUUAACCUAAAGAUUUGAACUAGAGCCAUUUAUUAAAUGUGUCAGGUUAAAACAAAAAGUAUAAACCAAUGAAACAAAAUGUACAUCAAAUUGAAAUGAUACAAAUCCCAAAAUAAAACAUUAAAUCUACACGUGUCUAUAAAAAUGAAAAGUGGUAAUAAGUUAACUUCUUCAAAUAUUGAGACCUAUUUACUUGUAUCAUUUCUACAACUAAAAAAGGUGCCGCAGGAUUAUCUAUGGACAUGUUGCUCUCUAUAUAUAUUUGUAUAUACUAUGUCACGGGGUAGUAGAACCCAGUAGUAGCAGCAGCAAGCG